AUGUGGUCAGAUGUAAAAAUAGUGUAUGGAAAACCUAGACACAGCCAGAGCCAAGGGUCUGUGGAAAGAGCUAACCGCGACGUCGAAGACAUGCUAGCAACAUGGAUGGCACAAAAUAAAAGCAAAUAUUGGCGUUCGGGUUUAAAGUUUAUAUCAUUUCAAAAAAACCGUGCAUUACAUUCAGGCAUUGGAAGGUCUCCUUACGAAGCAAUGUUUGGGUGCAAAGCAAGAGUUGGAUUAGCAUCAGUAGGCAUUCCAGUAAACGAACUUUGUAAUUUAAGUAUGGAAGAAGAUAUUGAAAAAAUAAUGCUACAGCCCGAAAACAAUGAGGAUAAUGAGAUCAGGGACGAGAACAGUGAAAAUAAAGAAAUGUCUUGUCAACAAACGUCAAGAAAAUAUUACAAAUGA